AAAAUGUAAAACAGUCUGGCCGAGCUGCCAAAACUCGUGAAAAACAGUCUGGCGCAACUAUCCAGAAUCCCUAAAACUUAAUCCUGACCAUCAGACCAAAAUCAAAGGGAGAAAAAAUCAUGGCCGAGAGCUAGAGAGUGGAGACGCUCAGACCGUCGCACACGCCGCGCACCACCGCACCGCCGCACCGCCAUUGGCCCAUCUGCCACUUUGACCGUCGCCCACGCUAGAGGCUCCGACGCUCAGUCGGCUCAGAUUGUUAACAAUAAGGUAGGUUGUGAGUGCUUUUUUAAUUUCUUUUUUAUUUUUAUUUUUAUUGUAAGGGAGGUUCGGUAAACCCUCACCACUCUCCCCUCCACUCUGCCACUAUGCGUUUCAAUAAGAUUAUAAGAACAUGCUUUCUCUUCAGACAUUUUUGCACAUAAAACAAAAAAUUGUUUUGGAAAAAAAGGAAGAAAUAUUUGAAGAUUAAGUAAAGGUUGAAGAGUGUAAUGGUGUCCAUCCUACCAGCAUAUCAAGUUAUCAACCCUUCAUUAUUUUAACACCCUAAGACACUCUUCUUAUUCCUAAAAUUCUCAGCUUUUCUGGUCUUAUCUUGGGUCAGUACUUACUCCGUAUACUUUUGUUUAUAGAGUGAUAUUUUCUAGUUUAAAGUUUAAACUUUAUGGCCUUGGGGUUUUUAUUAGUUUAAACUUUCCUCUUCAAAGUAGUGGGUGUAAAUCUAUUUAUCUAUUCACUGAGCGUGCACUUCCCUUAAACCAGAAACGACCCUCCCAUCUUCUUUAUCGGCAAUUUGAUUAUUCUACUAUUUUUCUUCUUCUUUUCUAUUAUCCCAUGGGGCUGUGCCAAUUGUCUUUGUUUUACAUGCUAUUGGGAACUUUCAAUGCCUUUCUCCUAAGUGUGUUCUGACUUCUGUUCACCUAUGGGAAACACAGUAGAAUACUAGUUUGGGCCUUCUUAUUGUUUAUGUGCUUUCAUUGUUUAGUUAGUUGUGAACUUUUGAAUAUGAUGAUUGUUUUGUUUCUAUUGUGAUUGUUUGACUAUUUCAUCAAGAGAUUUUGAUAUUUAAGUUGGCUACUUAUGGUAUUUGUAUUAUGGGUUUAUCUGUUCGGUGAUAGUAUAUGAUGGGCUAAGUAACCUAUAUGGGAGAAGGUAGGGAGAAAUUAGAGAGAUGCUAGAGUGAGAAAGAUGUGUAUUAGUUUCUGCAGAAUAACAUUACACGCAAUGAUUGGGGACCUGCUUUCCUCGUAUGGGAAGGUGGUAUUAUAAGCAAAAUAUAAGGCCUGGGCUACAAGCAAAAUAUUUAAGGCAAUGAAUAAGUGACAUGUGUGCGUUGGAUGUCUUAAGGAAACUGAUGAUGAUGUCAGCAGCACGCCAGGCUUGUGCUACAAGCAAAAUAUCUAAGAAAAUAUGGCAUGCUCAAAUAGUAUGAAAUCUCCAUAGGAAAAAUGCACCUAUGUUUCGUGAGGCAUGCCCCUCCGAUUCGCAUCUUUCGUGUUUGACUUGAUUACUACCAAUUUAGCUCAUCGGUCAUUUUUAUGGAAACAGGAACAAUUGUAUGUGAUGAUUACUUGGUGUUUUUUUUCUCAUUUUCACUGUUGUCGUUUACGUGGAAUUCUUAUUAUUCAUCAUUUGUUUAAUUUCUGUCUUCUUCAGUUUUUAUAUAGUUUUAUCGUUUUAGGCUAUUUGUGCUAUGUUUUUUCCCUCUUAUUGUUUUUACUUGUUAGCCGACCCCAAAUUCUUUUGGGAUUAAGGCUUGGAUGUUGUUGUUGUUGUAUUGUUUUUACUUGUUAAGCUGGUUUAAAUGCUCAUUUUUUUGUGUUUUUGUAUUUAAUCAAAUACAAUUUUUAGUGUUUAUUUUGCUUAAUUUGUAAAGCUUCACAUUAUUUAAUACUCUCUAGUCUCCUCAUCCCGAAAUCAAGUUCCCAGUUUGACUUCACAGGUUUUAGGCAGAAAAAGUAAUUAAGUUGACUUUCCAAUUAUGCCCUUAGCAUAUUAAUUAAAGUGUUAGAAUAGCCUAGGAGUAGCAGGCUCAGAUCCCCAUUCAAACUCAAAGAACAGCAACAUAAGUUAUAUUGGGGUUGCAUUUCAGAUAUAUAAAACCAUGGAUAGCAAAUCGCCAUAAAUUCGAAGAAGAAGCUGAACCAAGGAUAGCAAGUCGGCAUAAGUUCGAAUACGAAGAGACACCUUGGCCAUCUAUGAGCACACUAGCGCUGCUUCCAUCCAUCAGAUCGUCAUCGUCGGAAUCUGGUUCCCCUUGGUGCCGCUGCAGUUCCUCUAGUUCGAAUCUGGUCAGACAAAGAACUCCGUGAAGUCGAGCUGUAGCACCCUUGUGGUCCUCUAAGGUCGGAUCUUGUCUGCAGUGAAGAAGUACCGACGAAGAAGAAGGGUACCGGGAGAUUGGGAGUGUGGAAAGGGUGAGAGAAGAAGGGUAGGGCCGUAGGGGGGAUAUAAACUGGAGAGGGAGAGGGAAAGACUGGGUCGGGUUUAGGGGGUAUUUUAGAGGGGUAAAUUGGCAGUUUUACAUUAAAAACAUUUUAAAAAUAGAAAUAAAAUAAAGUGGGAACUUAAUUUUGGGACAUCCCGAAAAGGAAAGUGAGAACUUAAUUUCAGGACGAAGGGAGUAUAUAAUAUAAUGCUCAAGUCCCCAACCCCAAACUACAAAAUAAAAAAACUGUACCUAGUAUUUGGAUAGGUAUCAUAUCUGUAUCCAUGCAACACAAGGACAGGUUAUGUGUAUUUGCUUGCACCAGUUGCAUGGAUGUGACUCUUCUAUUUUACGCAUUAUUCUUUAACACCUAUUGUACAGUGUUUCAAUUGCUAUUUUUUAGGAAAUAUAGAUGGAUCUUUUAGAUGACUUAUUUGAUGAUGGUGCAGUGAAACCAGCAAGGGCAGCCGGAAAGUUUAAACCUAAAGUGAAAGCCCGUCCAGUACAUAGGGGACCCGUUUCCACACAGUCUCUAUCUUCAUCACAGACUAUCCAAUCAGGUAAUGCUGAUAGUCGAAAGAUUGCGGCUCCCAAGGAUGUACUACCAUCACCUAUAGAGCAUUUCAUUCCAACUUCUGAGGUGCCAAAUAUCCCUGAUGUUGAUGGUAGCUUUCAACCGCCUGCUGCUCAAGAUGCAUUCACUUCGUGUGGAGAACCUGCUGUUGCAACUUGUGAGGGAGUUUCUCAGAUUGAUAGUAUAGAUCUUGGGACAGAGGUGAUUAUCCGUAUACAUGGGAAGUACUUACUUUAGGAACUGUUUGGAUGAAGGGUUUGGGAUGCUGCAGUCUUCAUAUGAGAUUGAGGCAUAUCCUUGCUUGGAUUCAGAUAGACUUGAGCAAUCUACUGUAUCCGGUCUGCACAUAGGAAAAUUCCAACCCAAGCCCAAGGUACAAGUGUUUACGGAGAACGUUGAGACUGCCAUUCCUCAUUCCAAUGCAAAAGAUUCUGAAUAUACUGACUUGGUGGAUAAAGCUAGAACUCCUACAUUUGAUACAGAUGAUGUUAACAAUGUCCCGUCUUCAGGAUUUGAUCACACUUUUCCCACAGAACCUACAGCUGAAGUUUCAGAGAGUGAAGAAAUGCCAAAUGCUGAUGAGGACUUUUUACCUGGACAUUCUGGUAGCCCCAUACUAAAUGAGAAUGAAGACAUUGAUGAGGAGUAUCAAGCAGAAAAUGAAUCCCGAAAAAAAAGAACUAGGAAAACGUCAAUGAAACAGACUGAUGACGGUGAAGAAAAUCAUGGUAAAAAGCGUAAGAAAGCUAACGACAAAACUGGAAAGGCCACUAAAGAAAAGGUCAAGAAGUUUUCUCACUCAACUCGUCAAAAGAAGAGGACAUUGGACAAGGUUUUAUUGGAAACUCCAGAGGAGGAUAUUAAUUACCAAAGAGUGCCUAUUAGGGAUCUAAUAUUGCUGGCAGAGCACAAGGAGCGCGUGGCGAAAAAUGCAGCGGCAACAACAUCAUCCCAGACCCCACAAGUAACCUCAAGUGUUGGUAAUAGUACUUUUGAAAUGAACGAUGAAGAGGAGGCAUUUACGUUUAAUGGAGAUAAUGAUGCAGAAGCUUUUGGUGAACAAGAAAGGGCUGCGGCGGUGGAUAGUACCCUCUACUAUAAUUAUCAUACCUACAUGGAAAAAGCAACCAGAGCCCGAUGGUCUAAAGCGGACACGGAACUGUUCUAUGAGGCCAUACGGCAGUUUGGUUCUGAUUUCUCGAUGAUACAACAACUCUUUCCUGGGCGGACACGCACACAGGUAAGGCUGAAGUAUAAGAAAGAAGAGCAGCGGUAUCCAUCAAGAGUUCUCGAUGCUCUAACUACUCGUGCCAAUGAUCAUUCCCGCUUUGAGCAAGUAAUCGAGCGCUUGAAGGAAAUUGCAGCUGAGGGAGACCAAAAUGAUGAUGACUUAGAUGCAGUUGUUGAUUUGACUGAUGAAGAGGAGGGGCAGAAAGAAGAAACGGAGGUGGAGAACAUUAUAGUGGAAAAUGAAGUCCAAGAUACAGAUCAAGAUGUUGUUACUCAAGUUCAAACUGAUGUGGCUGAAGAGGUGGAGGAAGAAGAGGUAGAAGAAGAUAUAUGGAGCCAGUAUAGGAGUGAGGAUUGAUCCACAUUACCCACAUAUACAUACCAUUAACCCCCAGCUAAAGCUUGAGUGGUGUUUUAAGUGCCUCAGAUUUCAAACCGAAGAGUUCAUUUUUGGUAGUUUAUAUAAACUAGUGGCUGCCGUUUUUCCUUUUUCUGUUGCAAAAGUAGCAAUGGGUAUUUUGUGCUAACUGUUAAUAUACCUAAACCGCUCUUUAGCUAUGGCGCCAAAUUACAAUACUAUUAUGUCCAAAUUCUAUUACAUCAGUGUUUAAUCAAUCAUAGUUCUAAUGUUAUUGUUAUAUAAGUGACUUAAAAUCGUUGUAAAUGAAUUGUAAUAAAGCGAUAUGAAAAAGUCCAAAAAGAUA